AGCAACCGUGCUUGCUAGCAACAGAAAUCUUAAUCAGAGGAAGAAAAGGAGAGCAUUCAGCCAUGGCAGAGGAGAGGAACCCCCUGCACCUGCCUCACCACAAGGAGGAGGACAAGGAGGGGGAGGAGAAGCAGCAUGGCCACGACCACGGUCACGGUCACGGCCACGGCCACAACCACAAUCACAACCAGACGGAGCACGCCGCCGGGAGGGGGGUGGACAUGGACCUGCCGGCGUACGUCAACAUGGGCUCAUUCACCACCGCGGGCGUUCUCGACUGGAGGUACCAGAAGGCGACAGGGGAGAAGAGGCCGGACAAGGUGAUCGGAUUGAUCAGCGCGGAGCAGGCCAAGGAGGCCGAGCGCAGGGAGGCCGGGGAGCGCAAGGCGGAGGAGGAGGAGGGCGGGGCCGCCUGGGCCAAGAACAAGAACGUCUACCAGUUCUGAUCGCCGCCGGGCGCCCAGCCGUGCUUCUGGCGGCAGAUAGUGUUCUUGAUGGAAAAAGUUUGGGAGAAAUGGUUUUCAACCGUGCGUACUAUAGCGUGCAUGUAUCCACUGUUCAUCAUUACUUGGAGAUUCGUGCUAUGGUUUCUGGUUUUGUCAAUGUUUGUCUUGUUCAAGAGUGUUACAUGAUGUUUCAUCGAUGUUUUUUAAAUGUAUCGUGGAGUUUCGUCGUGUAUCAAUAAAUAAGGGAGUACUAAGUUAAAAAUAA